AUGGCAGAGAGACCCCCCAGCCGCCCCAGGGUGGCCUGGGAGGAGAAGGGGGCUCCCCGGGAGCGCAGAUCUCCACCGGAGCCCUAUGAAGUGACCAUGGUCAAGCCGCUGGAGAUGGAUUUCGAACAGGUACCACUCUACAGAGAGGAAAAGGCGACCAUGGACUUUAUCCGGGCCUUUGUCCGCUGCCCAGAAGAGGACACGGAGCAGAAGAUGGAGUUUCUUGACUGCAUCUACAUGCUGUUCAGAGCAGCCAAGGCCCGUUACUUGACAGAGGGCCUCGAUGACUUCUGCUACAAAUAUGAGCUGGCAGAGAAUGUCAAGAUGCUGCUGGAAAAGGAGCCCAGGGACAACCUGAGCACAGCAGUGCGGUGGAAAGCCAUGCUUGCCAUCGCCGAACUGAGCUCAGUGAGGAUAGCGCUGGAGGGCAAAGAGGAUAGCCUCCUAGAAGCCUGCUUCUCGAGGGUCUUGUCCCUUCCUCCUAAAGAGGAAAUGCAGGACACUAACCUCUACAUGCUGACCAUGAACACCAUGGACACCAUGCUGAAAACGUUGGUGCUCAACUGUCCUGUCUUCAGAAUCAGCGAGUUGGUGCAGAUGAUCUUGCAGAUGCUGCUGGACUUCACCGACUCCGAGAUGGUAGCUGUGCAGGAGAGGGCCCUGGACAGGAUUAAGGUGCUGUGCAAUCUGGUGGCCGACAAUGCCACCCUGGAGUUUGGAAGAGACACAUAUGACCUUGUCUACCAUGGAGAUCUGCAGAUCCCAAUUCUGGGAACGCUGCUGGGACGACUCCUCCUUUUCUAUUCUUCCAAGGAAAGGACACACUUUCCAGCUUUUGAUGCUCUUAACGAACUCCACAGAUUCGUCCAUAACCAAAAAAGCAGGUCAGUGGCAAAGGAUGGAGCAUCAAGGCGUGAUGGGAAAACUGACACCAGCUGCUACAUGAAGCUCUGCACCGCCAGAGACUUUGCCAUGGAGUUUGCCAAACACCUCACACAUUAUGAGGCGGCUGACGUUGUCUGUGUGGCCAUUGAGGCACUGAGAGACUCCAGCAUCUUCGACAAGGAGGCGGCAAGAAACAUGCUGGAUCUGUUCAUGACAUACCCCGGCUUCUGGCUGGUGGAUGUGCCAAAGAUCAUGAGCUGCAUCCGGGAAAACCUGGAACGUAUCAACAUGGAGUCAGCCCGGCAAAGCAUGGAGUCACUGCUUCUUGCGCUGACUCACCUGGACCCCAGCAAAGUGUUCCUGAGCCUGUUGAAGUUCUCGGCAACCAGAGACAGCGACGGCAGGGCAAUGUGGGAGGCGAUGUUUUGCAUCCCCCAGACUUUGGAGAAGAUCUUAGAGGAGCUCCUCGACAAACUCCAGGGCAGGAAAUCGUGCAGCCCAGUCCCCAUGGCCACCGAGAAGGCCUACAUCCUUCACUUGGCUCUGAUGGCCUCCACUCAGCUUCAAUCAGAUGAUUGGGGUAAUGCCUCUCAGAGCAAUACGAACGUGGUGACAGCCUUGCAGUUGCUCAGAUGCCUCAUCCCGCUCUCACAGACACCUGACUUGGCAAUAAAAAUGAAGGUCCUCCUGCCACACCUGAUGGAGUUGCUCCAGUUAGGUCACAUCAACAUCAAGAUGAAUGUCCUGGUCAUCUUCCAAAAUGUGAUGCAUCACCUGGAGACAAAGGAGGCCAGCUCCAUUGCUGUGCAGCUGGCAGAGAACCUCCUGCCCAUCUUUGAUGCUGCCUCCGAGGAAGCCUUCCUUGCUACAGCAGAACUCCUCAGAUGGAACAUGGAUCUGGAUUCAGGAACACACGGAUCGGGAUCAAAGGGAGACGAACAGACAGUCCUUCUUGGACAUCAGCCAUGA